CAUACCACAGCCACCGGGCCAUAUUUUUAUAAGCGUGGUACUUCUCGUAUUUGGGUACCAGGCUACGAUUUACUUCGUACCCUUCUAAUCCAGGAAUCCCAUGACAACCCUACCUCAGGACACUUCGGCGUCGAUAAAACCACGAAGAUGUUGCAGCGGAAUUACUAUUGGCCGAACAUGGCCGAUGACGUGCGCAAGUACGUGUCCUCCUGCACUGCCUGCCAGAUCAUGAAAUCGUCGCAUCAGCGAGCAGCCGGACUACUACAGCCGUUGGACCCACCCGAGCGACCCUGGCAACACGUCACGAUGGACUACGUGACAGGACUGCCGGCCAGCCCCAGCGGAAACGACGCCAUCCUCGUGGUCGUUGACCGACUCACAAAAAUGGCGCACUUCAUCGCCUGCCAACAGACAAUCACCGCCGAACAAACUGCGCAGCUGUUCAUCGCGAACGUCAUCCGCCUGCACAGACUGCCCUUCGCCAUUAUUUCGGCCCGAGACCCAAAAUUCGCAUCGAAUUUUUGGCGCCACCUGUGGGACCAAUUCGGCACCAAACUCCAAUUCUCAUCCGCCUACCACCCACAAACCGACGGGCAGACCGAACGCGUUAACCAAACCAUGGAGCAGCUCAUUCGCACCACCUCUACUGACCCCUCGACAUGGGAGAAAUCCCUUCCACUACUCGAAUUCGCGUAUAAUAACGCGACCUCAGCGACAACCAAUCAAUCACCAUUUUUCCUCAACUACGGACAGGACCCGGUUGUACCCUCUACACCGAACAUCGAGUCACCAGUGCCCCGGUCCCAGAAAUUUGCUGACGACAUUCUCGCCACUCACGAAAAAGCAGCUGAGGCCAUCCGGAAAGCUAACCUAGUCGCAAGCCGACAAGCCGAUCGACAUCGACGCGACGUCACUUACAAAGUGGGAGAUCUUGUCCUUCUCGACACUCGCAAUUUGCGGCUGCCGAUCCCAAGCAAACUCCGACCCCGAUUCUGCGGACCUUUUCAAGUGACCAAUCUCGUGACACCUGUCACUGUCCACCUUCGGCUUCCGGCUGAUUGGCGCCAUCACCCGGCUUUCCACGUCAGUCUUCUCCGACCCUACGUCCUGAGUUCAUCGGACUUUGCACGCAACCCUUAGAGCCCACCAGCCGCCCAUUAC